AUGAGAAAUGUCGAUCAAGAUUUUUGGGAUGAUUCGCUCCUUAUUAAAAUGUAUGAUGAAGCUAGAGAAACUACUUAUAGAAAACUAAAAAAUUCAUCGUUGGGUGUUAAAGGAUGCUCGCAAAACAACCAUGAGAAGCAGUGGAAAGUGGGUGAUCGUUGUUUAGCACCAUAUGAAGAUUCCUUAUAUUACGAAGCAACAAUUUCGCAUAUAAUUUCAAGUGGUUUAGAAUGUCAAGUUGAAUAUGACGGUUAUGAUGGCGAAUAUUGGGUUGAUGUUUGUGAACUUAAAAAGCUUUCUUGUGAGGAUGAAAAAAAAACUUUAAGUGAUUGUAAAUCUGAUGGAAGGUCCGAUGUUAAAAAACAGAAGGAAAUACGCCAUGAAUCAAAAAGUAAAAAUCUGAGACUUAAAAAUUAUCACCAAAGCGGUAGUCAACUAUUUGAAGAAUCAGUACAUUUUAUGCCUUCAUUUAUUCCUCCUCCCUUGCCUGUAUUUAACGGUUUAAAAGUGAAUAAUGAAGAUGAAGCACUGGGCAGCAUGUUGAUGUCAUGGUAUAUGAGUGGCUAUCACUCAGGAUAUUAUGCGGCCAUUCGGGAUCAGAAGAAUGCAGAAUCUUGCGAGUCUUCUUCAAACAAAAAAUAUUGA